AUGGAGAUCGACCAACUUUUUGAUAUUCCUGGCGGGGACGAGUUCGAGGACGUUACACAGCUUUUUGCUGCAGCCUCAGAGGAUAUGGAUUCGGAAUCCCUCUUUUUGAUGGACGGGUUCACGCUCAUGGAUGCCAUGGGUGCAUUUGAGAUUGGAGAACCUCGUAUGGACAGUGGCAUGCUUCUCGAGCAGCAGCAUCACCCAUCGUUCAAUCCUUCUACAUUAAUGCUACCCGAGGAGGUGUGCUGGAUAAUAGAAAGAACAUUUGCGUGCGAGAUGGAAUGGCAUACUGGAAAUAUGCUUUCUCAAACUGUUUUUACAUUGCUCUAUGUGCACCAUUUAAGCGCUCUCAAUCCCGACUUCGCGCCUCACCUCUUAGACCAGAGAUCAGAUACAGCACGUCCUCCGGAACUUGUCACUCUGGUCUUACGCGCCGCAGUCUUCGCAUUGUUGAAAUCAUGCGACUUUAGUUGGCGUGAACUCUCUAAGGGAAAAGUCCAUGAGAUCGAAGAUUGGUUCGGUGAGAAAUGUGAUGUGUCCCUUUUAGAAGGCGUCAACAGCGAUUUCGUUAUCAACAAACUCGACGAUGCUUGUACUUGGCUGCGGCAUUCUAACAUUGCGACACACAAGGCCAAUCUCCUGUGUGAUAGACUCUUGCUGCGUCAAGCCAUGAUGCGAAUAUUCAAGCUGGCAUUCCCUCUAAAUGCUCCAGAAUUACGGACUAUAGCUAUAAGUGCGCGAGGGAUACUGCAAAGUAUUCGCAAUCAAGUUGUGGAACCACCAAGCCCGGAGUCUCCAGCUUGGCAUGUCUUAGACCCUUACAUCAGUCGACGGCUCUCCAACUUCAUGCCAGUUCGUGUGAUACCACUAGCACCUCAAAAUGAUAUAUGGGAUUCCGUUGAUCAUCUCCUUGACGGUCUGCAUGAAUUGAGCCAAUUGCUCGAGAGUCCCUACGUGGUUACAUGGGAGGUUCCUUGCGGAUUUGGUCCCCUCAUAAUCGUCCACAUUGUGCAUAUCUACGAUCCCUGGUACAGAAACUUGAUCUUUGGAAAAUACGCUCCAAUAUGGCUCAUCGAUCGUUUCUUUCAUGAAGCAGUAGGGUUAUCGUAUGGUGCAGUCUUGAAAAGUCUGAACACUGGCGGCAGUGCAGCUGCCGAUCUGCUGGUGCAAGAUAUGGAGCGUCGAAUGAUCAAGCUCCUCGUCGCACAAAUCCGGUGUCACUGGCAUAAUCCACCGAGGAGACGACGGCAUCUAGCCAAAUCUGUUCUUCAAUGGCAUGAGAUACACGACCUGUUUCUUCAGUUGCAUUCGUACUGUGCACCUACCUCUUCUAGUGAUCGGAAAGUUACGGAUUGUCUUCCAAAAAUUGCACUCAUGCGGCGGCUGUCUGCGGCACGAGAGGUCAUUCUCUCAGGCUUUCAACAGGAUCUGUACGGACCAGAGGAGAUUCCCAUCGCUUACUGGUUUGCCACUCGAGUUUUGGAAGAACAUCUAGUAUGUAUAGACGAAAUCUCUGAUCUUGUCCAAAAUGGGGACGUGGCAGAUGAGAUAACCUUUCAACGGAGAUUCCUUACCGCACUUCAAGUGAUGUUGAUGGCUAUGUGUGUGCUCACAUACAAGCCAUCGACACAAUCAUUGGAUAGAACGCAUCUCAACUUCAGAAAGCGAUACAAAUGGGCUCUUUCUCCGGCAUUUCAUAGCCUGUCUCCUGCGCACCCCCUCCCUGAUUUGCAGCAGUUUAGCCCACACGUGAUAGAGUUACAACAGGUUCACACGUGCUACUCCCCAACUGAUGCCUUCAAACUGGCUAGGGAUAUUUUACAAGAUCUCAUCUGUGCUGAAAGCCCUCCCGGUUUGUCUGGACGCUGGCAUAGUCUCCGCCAAAAGUUCGUUCGUGAGCUGACUUGCCUGUGCGAACGCUCAUUGUCAGCAACCUCCGGAAUCGGUACCGUUUUUACUGACCAAAGACGAUUAAAAUGGCAGAAUCGUAGUCAUCCGUGGUUCCCAGACUUCCUCGUCGACUGA